CGGACACUGGACAGUGACCAAACCGCGUCAUGCUCCCUCUUGUCUGCACGUUUUGUCCUUCUGGACCAGUAUUGCGAACCGUCCUGUUCCCUCGGGCCUGCACGUUUGUCAAGCUGAGCAGAGAGAUUGCAAACACCAUCUUAAAGCUUUCAGGCAGGGCUGCUCCACAGCGACACAGGCAGCCCUGAGCAGCAAAGUAUAAAAGCCCCUUCCAUUGCCAUCAUUCUUCAAUCCAUGUCUUCGCAGCGAUAAGCUGCCAAUUCCUUCUCAACAACCUCUCACUCUCUCGCAUAAUUCCAGCCACUUCAGCUAGCAAUCGCUGCCAGACUCAAUCCUGCAGCAAAAUAUCAACAGUGUACGACACCAGCAGUGACGCCCCAGCGGACGUGACCAGCUUCUUCAGCCACCCGCCUUGGGAAUCUCAGCAACGCGCCCCUGGGUAAGGGCAUCGUUUCAGCAGCAGGAGGUUCCCUUUUGGAAACGUGGAACUUCUGUGCUGAAGGGUUGCUUGUUCAAAACACCCGUAGGCAUCAGCAUACCUGCCAUGGGGUCUGACCUGUGCUUCCCUUGGGAAAGCGACCUGUCGGCUUCUGAUGCCUCUGAAGGAGAGGAUCUUGAAGGCGUUGAGUAUGAACCUCGUUCCAUCGAUGGGUCUAAGUCAGAAGAAUCACGGAGAGCUUCUUCAAUGACGAUGAUUCUGCCAGCGUUCAGGGGCCGAGUUUCUACCGAGCUAUCAACAAUGAAAUUGUUGUCAACCCCAGGAACAAGAAGAACCAGGCCCCAGUGCUGUCCCCUCGCCGCUUACCUGCCGGCCGCUCACCACGGAGAGUAGAGAGAGAUGGGAAAAUGACUUCUCCUGAGGAGGAAGAUGAUGGUCCAGUGCUUACUAGCGGGCAAGCACUUAUGACUAAGCUUCGGCGUAUCAUCCUCUCACAGGAGUCACAGGAGGAGACCGCAGCAACAUUGCGGCCACUUCUAGAGGUGCGGUCGCUAUGUACUUAAAUCGUUUUUGAUGUGUGCACUAAGAUGAUUUUGUGUUUUUGAAAGAACUGUCAAUCCGGAUUGUAUAGCUUGGAUUGACUCCGCUAGGAGCUGUUUCUAGUUUAGUGUGUAUAUAUUAAUGUGUAUCAAGAGUGUUCUAUCGAUCAGCCGGUGCAUGCAAGGCCUUGUACCACACAAACAUGUGUAGCACACGGAGAAAAUCUGAUGGUAUAUUUGCAAAGAUGCAUUGCACAGAG